CGAGGGACACUUUACUGCUCUGUCUAUGGUCUGCUAUUGUAUUUUCAUGGCCACAAAAUUAGCUUUGCGGUUUGUCUGCAAGGAUGGAGGCUAACUAUGCUAGUUAGCCACCUUUUUUUAUUAGCCCGCCCGCUAACGUUAAUGCUAGCUGUCAAAAACCUCCCAGACGUCCUGUCAGAGUUGGAGCUGCCAGCUUGGUGUGUGUAGGUCGCUCAUUUUCCUCUCUCAACAAAGCCAAAGAAACACGACCUGAACUCAGAAGUUGCACCAGCUGUCCACGUGCUGUCUGUCAAUCAAACGGCAGACUCUUCUGAUUGACACCUGCUGGUGUGAAGCCAUCUGCCAGAAAUCAGCAUCACACUGAGUUCGGGACAUUGCCUGGAUAUUGAGUGAACGUCGUGGUGACACUGUAGAGGGACCUUGAUCGACAGGUCUCCCUCCAGAGGACCUCUGAGGGGUCGCCACCAAAAGGAACAUGUGCUAGAAGUUGUACAUCUGUCCUAAACGACUGGUCGGCUUUGACUCUAGAAGAUGAACAAUGAGGAUGAGUUCUUCGACGCCGUCACAGGCCUGGAUUCGGACGAGUCGUAUGAAGGGGUGUCGGAGGCCAGUUUCCAAGAUGCGCUUGUGUUUGACAGCAGCAGUCAGAAGAACAACGGAUCGGUGCCACAGGAGAACGGCAUCAAGAAACACAGGACGUCAUUACCUGCACCCAUGUUUUCCAGAAGUACCAUCAGUGUCUGGAGUAUCCUGAAAAAAUGCAUCGGAAUGGAACUCUCGAAGAUCACGAUGCCCAUUGUCUUCAACGAGCCUCUGAGCUUCCUGCAGAGAAUCACAGAAUACAUGGAACACACUUACCUCAUCAACAGAGCCAGCUCGCUGCCCGACUCCAUAGAACGCAUGCGGGCAGUAGCUGCUUUUGCUGUGUCAGCAGUUGCGUCUCAGUGGGACCGAACUGGAAAACCCUUCAACCCUCUGCUGGGAGAGACCUAUGAGCUCAUCAGAGAGGAUCAGGGUUACCGGCUGGUAUCGGAGCAGGUAUCCCAUCAUCCCCCAGUCAGUGCCUUCCAUGCAGAAAGUCUGGUCGGGGACUUUGUCUUCCACGGCUCCAUCUACCCCAAACUCAAGUUCUGGGGGAAGAGCAUCGAGGCUGAGCCUAGAGGGACCAUCACACUAGAGCUACUCAAGCACAAUGAGGCGUACACAUGGAGUAACCCUUCCUGUUGCAUACACAACGUCAUCCUGGGCAAACUAUGGAUAGAGCAGUAUGGCACAGUGGAAAUCGUCAACCACAGCACUGGAGACAAGUGCGUGUUGACUUUUAAGGCCUGUGGGAUGUUUGACAAAGAGCUGCACAAAGUGGAAGGGUACAUCCAGGAUAAGAAUAAAAAGAAGCACUGUGUCAUCUACGGGAAGUGGACCGAGUGCAUGUGGAGCGUGGACCCUCAGGCCUACGAGGCUCACAGGAAGUCAGAGAAGAAAGGAGACAUCAAAAAGAACAAACAUGAGGAGCAAGAGGGAGCGGAGAACGAUGACGCAGACGACAUGCCUGAAAUCCAGGAGACGGUAUCCGUUGUGCCAGGAAGUACUCUGCUGUGGAGGAUAGACUCCAGACCGGAGCACUCUGCCAUGAUGUACAACUUCACCAACUUUGCAAUGUCGCUCAAUGAGCUGGAGCCCGGCAUGGAGGCCAUCUUGGCGCCCACAGACUGUCGCUUCAGGCCUGACAUCAGAGCCAUGGAGAAUGGCAACAUGGACGAGGCCAGUAGGGAGAAGGAGAGACUGGAGGAGAAACAGAGAGCUGCCAGAAAGGAGAGAGCCAAGAAUGAGGAGGAGUGGUCUACUAGGUGGUUCCAGCUGGGCACAAAUCCGUACACCAACGCCCCGGGCUGGCUGUAUACCGGAGGCUACUUCAAUAGGAACUACAAAGACCUGCCUGAUAUCUACUGAUAGCCCGCUGGCCUUCUUACUACUCCUCUUGCUCCUCUAUAACCUGCAAUGACCUGCCUGUCAUGAAACGGAGAGAAAUGUCAGAAUCCACAUCCCACCUUCAUCUCACUGCCUUCAUCAUCUCUUAGCCGACCGACACACCCAGCGCAGAUCGGAAAGACUUACAAAGAAGCCAAAAGCUCGUCCCUUUUCUCAAACAGCGGCCUGCUUGGUGUCUCCUGAGUCAUCAGGUCUUUUUAUCUUCACUUGAGCGUCUUAUUCUCACAUAACAACCAGCAAAGGCUUCCCAUCUCUCUGCCCCAGCAUCGUUUAGAGCACAAGAACCAUUUUAAUCCUGACCAAUCGCAGCGGCAGAGAGCUGGUACGUGUGCAUCGGCGGUUAAACGCACCCACAAACUCACAGAUCCAACCUGAAUGUUUAAAGUCUUUACAAUCAAACUCUCUCCUCUGAGAAACUGCCCGCCAGGCUUCCAGACGGCGACGUUUAGAACAGUCAAGUGUCAUUGAUGAGUAAAUAUGAGUAGAAACAACAUGAAGUAAAACAUAAUAAUCACAUGGAUGGAUAUAUGGACAUGGACGGACUGCCAGUCAACAGGGGAAUCAGGGAUGUGAAUGCUCCUUUGACUGAAGAUGAAUCUUGAGGAUGCUUUUUUUUCCUUUUUUAACACUCAAAAAAUAGAUAUAGGCGACAUUGUACUCAUUAAGGAACAAAGUUAUAAAGAAAUACUGUUGGUUUAGUUGGUCAAGAUGAAUCGAAUGCAAGCUUGAGCUCAUUACUGUCCACGUGUCAUAUCCUAAAACCCUCCCAUUAACCUUCUGCUUGAGGUUUAUGUAUUGAAAUAAAUCAAGGCAACUACUAGAAAAUGGAUGUUUCCUCGACAGCAGAGUGGAAUGUGCAGCACGAGCAGGACCAGAUCUGGGAUCAGAGAGGAAACCACAUGCAAUUGGAUGUUCUACAUGGCAACAGAUAAAUGAGUAGAGCUGAGCCUGAGCUGUUCACCCCCUCAAAAUGUAACUCUGUUGUCUUAACUCGGCCUGUACAGUAGCUUCUGUAUGUAGCUGUUCAGUAGAGAUGUACAGUGUGAUUAACAACCCACCGUGAGCUCACGUUGACCUCCAGUCGCUCUACGUCUUCUUUUAGAAACCGGCGCAGAGUGUAGGAAACACUUAACUGAAUGUGUAUACGCAGCUUGGAUAACUGGCUGCUGAGUCAUAGCUGAGGUUUACCGAUGUUCAAAAUAGGAGUCACACACGAGUGCAGAAAAUCUGAUUAUUCAUCCUCCGGUUCGUACGUCUUAUCUUUACAAGGCUGAGGAAAUGGAGAAAAUCUCUCAUAUUAAAAGCACAUUAUAAGACACAAUUCUGUUUCCCCUCAUGAGCAGGUCAGAGGUCAGGGUCAAGGACACCUCAGCGGGGUGUGUGAGCUUCAAUCUGAGCAAUCUGAUUGAAGUUGUAAUGACCUCUUCUUACAGGACCAUCCUGCUGAAUGAAAAGCAAAAGUCUGUUUUUCCCCCUGUAGGGUAAAAUCUGAUGGUCGUCAGUGCCUGCGUGUAAAUCUGAACUUAAACUCGCUCUCAGUUGAACCUCUCACGAGUUUGACAUUUAUUAGUGAAUAUUUUCAUUCCCACAUCAGACACAACCACCCUGUGUUGAGUAACAGUGAUGAAAUCCCAAAUAACACAGAGUAGUGUGAGUAACAGUAACAAUACACACACAUUCAUGGUGUGAAUGAGUGUAUAAUAUGUACAGACACUUAAAGCCAUAUUAACUAUGAGAGAGGGAGAGAGAGGGAGAGUGGAUUUGUGUGAACGAUGGUAAUUUGAAGAUGUGAGCCCUCAAGAUUAACAUUAUUAUUAAUCUCACUCAUUAUAGCAUGAUUACAAAAAGACAAACAUUACUCAUGUCAGCGUUAGAUAUGAUGCUGUCCGGCUGGAGUGGAUGUUAGAGAAUGGAUGGAUUACUGAAUGGGCUCAGAAAGAAACAAAACUAGACAUGUAAAAUGACCACAAGGAGACACAAAACAUCACUCCUUUCAUGUCUCCUCUAGUCUGGGUGUCUUGCUCUUGCUAGGAGGGGUGCGGGCACUUCGGCCUGGUGAGAGGCGAAGUCUCGCCUCUUCCGGUGUCCCCCAUGGGACCUUAUUUUAGAGAAAAUAUGUACGUUAGGCAAUGGCGAGAAACACAUACUGUUUUCUUACUGUUUAAUCGUGCCAUGAAUGAGACACGUAAUGUUUGUCAAUUUAAAACAGAAUUCUGUAUGUGAAGAAAGUUGCAAUUUGCCGUAGGUUCGUUGUGGUUUGUGUGAAACCUCUCAUUGAGCUACAUCUUCUGUCUCGCAUGAUAUGUCACCUACACCAGCUAGCGAGCCAGCAGGGGAGGGAAAAUCGAUACAGCAUAGUAUUGUGAUGCUUUGUGUGGCAUGUUGUAUCAAUACAUGGACACCAAGUAUUGAUUUUUAUCAUUAUAUCUUAAUAAUAUUGCAAAUACAAAUCAAAAUUUUGGUAGCUUGCUAAAUUAAUUUGCUAUUUCAGUCCACUAGAUACGUUUUGCUGCAAUAAAAAAGAGUGAAGUGAGAAACUUUAUCUUUAAAACUUUAACUUAGAAUUUCAAACAGAUGUUGACAAAUGUUUCCUUUGUGGACAUGAUUGACAGUCAAAUUAAGGUGAUAAAUCACAAUGUAUGACAUUGCAAUACUCGCAAAAUGUUUAAAACGGCAAUAAAAUUGUAUCAUGACUAAAAGGAUCGUGAUAACAUCGUAUCGUGGGACCCAUUCCCUCUAGCCAGCUCUGUUCCACACACAAAAGUAACAUUACCUGAUGUGUUGUAUCCAGCAACUCCUGGUCUUUGUGUUAGCUGGAUAGUAAAUGAACAACAGCAAGACUCGGUGCUCAUGUGACUACAUUCCGGUAUGAAACACACAGGCAUUGUAGCUUCAACGAGAGAGAAAGGUAUGACGUCAUCUAUGUGACGUGCAAUUUAAAUUCUUGACUUUUAUGUUUUAAAUUGACAAACAUUGUGUGUGUAAUUCAUGGCACAAUUCAAAUGUGAUCAGAAAUGAAUUGUCUGAAGAGUAAGGUCCCAUAGUGGUCCACUGGACAGGGAGGGACUUUGCCUUUCUAUAGUCUCAUAACCCGUCCAUGUUUUUUCUUCGUACGCUGAUUGUAGUAAAAAUGAGACUGUCCAUGUAUCGACAGCAAGUCAAGAGUUAAACUCCCAAACUAAAAUUUAUAAAAGAAAGUGAAAAGUACUCUAAUGAAUGUUAGCACAAAAAAAGAACGGAGAUGAUUCUCCUGAGAGGGACUGUCUGCAGCUCUCCAGCUGAGCAGACCGGAUCUUUAGUAUUUGUACAGAAGCUCUUAACUGGAGUCGUCCACAUCCCGUGCACAGUGGAGAAACAAUAUCCCUUUAUCUGUCGCUUUGCUCGUGUUGAAGCAGAUACAGUCUGAGGUAGUGUGGCUCGCUCAUAUAAAACCCUGGUUCAUCUCGCAUCAGGGUUUUAAUUAGAUUUUUGUAUCGUAAACAGGUUACAGCUCGCCACCAUAACACACACACACACACACACACACACACACACACACACACACACUCUUCACAUGACUUGUUUGCACUGGUGAGAAUGUGACGUUUUGAUAGAAAAUAGCAAGAUUUGAGAGGUUUUGUCGAGAAAAAAAAAAAAGCCUCGGUUGCAGCCCUUUAAUGUCAUAAUGGAGAAACAAAUCUAUUGGCUGUGUGUGAUCUUCAGAAAUCUUACUUCAACAUGUUACCCGGCAUUAUCUCACAGUUUAAAAAUCCCGUUUUCAUCAGUGCAUCCAGGAGCUCUGACGUAUUUCACCAUCUCUAUGCAAGUUUUGCACCUCAACAUGAACAGUACAUGUGUGAUCUGUUAUUGUACUGUAGCUUUACAUCCUCCCCUCGACCCCAACCACACACACACACACACACACACACCUUCAGCCUCUCAGCUUCAGUAGUCAGAAGAUGUAUGACUUUGCCUUCUUAGUUUAUCUUAAUAUAUUCCACAUAAUUGGAAAUUAUUCUAAUUUUUGGGGACGACACGUCUUGGACCCGCUUAACUUUUCAUUUUGUGAGUUUUUUUAAAAAUGUAUUUCUGUGUCAUGCUUAGUGCCUCCUCUCUUUCAUUCCUCUUUGUUUUGUGUCUUUUUAAUUUAUGUGUAUUAUUUAUGAUGUUUGAGGUUUUAUGAAAUAAUUCUGUUUUCCUUUUGUUCAUGUAGCUAAUCCAAACAGCUCUUAGUUGCUUUCUUUCACCAACAUCUGGAGUGUUUUAUAGAGGAGCAGAGCGUCUGAUCGGAGCUUGAAGUGAACGUCAUUCACCAGCUUGUACAUUUUACAGUGGCCGUUACAUCUGUCACAUUUACAGUGUGUAGGUAGACUUGUCAUUAAAAAGUAAUUAUAAAUCAAACACUACUUGAGUUGAACUGUACACAGGUCAAAUGCUACAAAUGAACAAACGGGAACAAACUAUAGUCGCAACAAAGCUUUUGACCGUGAAGUGAUUCCAGCUGUUGAUUGGUCCAAGUGGCGAGUACACAUACGGAGCGGUCAUGUUCACUAGUGCUGAUUCAGACUCCACCAGACUAACGCUCCGUCAUUAAAGUAGAUCUAUGUUGCUUUGAGUGUCGGUUGUUUCUGUUGAGUUUGACCCUCCUUCUCCUGGACUGUGUCAUGGGGUUGUCGAUGUUAUAAUGUAUGUGUACAAGUGCUGCACAGAGCUAAUCACAAGCAAAAUGGCAUAUUAUUUUGUGCAAUUGAUUUAUUUUUAUAGUAUUUAAACAGUUUUUGGUGAGAACAUUGUACCAGAUGUUUUAUUUUGAGGUGGGGGAGUGUAAGGGGUCAUAUCCAAUCUGUGGACAUCUUGGUAGAAUAAUGAGCGGGGGGAAAUGUCUACUAAUAAAAUCCUAAUUUCAG